GCCAACCAGGAUGUGGAGACAGACAUGGAGACCUUCCAGAUGGAGAUUGAUAAGGAGAGCAAGAAGUGCAUGUUUAGGACCAACGGCGGUAACUACUGGACACUGGUCUCCCACGGAGGGAUCCAGUCCACAGCCACGGAGGUGGAGGCCAACACAAUGUUUGACAUUGAAUGGCUCGGUCGCAGUGUAGCACUGAAGGCAAGCAAUGGGAAGUACGUGUGCACCAAAAAGAAUGGGCAGCUUUCAGCCGUCAGCGAUUCCGUAGGUGAUGAUGAGCUCUUCCUGAUGAAGCUCAUUAAUCGGCCCAUGUUGAUCCUGCGAGGGGAGAACGGUUUUGUGUGUCAUCACAAGAGCUCCAACACGCUGGAUGCCAACCGAUCCGUCUAUGACAUCUUCUUACUGCUUUUCAGCGAUGGCGCCUACCACAUAAAAAGCGUAGGUGGAAAGUUCUGGUAUGUCUCCAGCAGCGGCCUGGUGUGCUCAGACGGAGACAAGCCUGAGGACUUCUUCCUGGAGUUCCUGGAGCACGGGCGGGUGGGCAUCAAGGGCAAGAACGGCAAGUACCUGCGCGGGGACAGCGGCACGCUGAAGGGCGACGCUGCUACCGUGGACCCCUCCUGUCUCUGGGAGUACUAACCUGGCGCGACCUCCUGACGACCCCUGAAGCCCGUGGAGGGGUGGAGGGAGAGGGAGGACCUGGUUCCCACCUGGGUUCACAGCUCAACCAACAACGAUACUUUACACAGACUGACUGGGGAACAUUUUCACUACUCUCUUUUCUACUUUAGCGGCAAAGGAGAGGCCGUUCCCACUUCUUUGUUUUGGCAAAAAGUGAA